GCUGGUUCUGUUUGUGUGUGACGUAAUGCAGCAGAUUUUCACGGUUUAUCCGUGGGCCCAGGACUGUGGUGUUCCCCGGCAGGCCAGAGGCCGUGGGCGAUGGACUUCAGGAAUUACAACUGUCUCGUCAUAAAUACCUGGCCAGUGAGAUGGAGUUGUACCACUUCUAUCAGUCCAGACAUUUGUCAAAGAAGUGCAGUUUAUGAAUGACCAAGUGGAUGAAGCGGCCACACUCUCACCGGUCCAGAUAUUCCUCAAAGAAGAAGAAGGUGCAUAUUGUAAGGCAGAAGAGCCUGUGCUGGUCUCACUUGUCCCAGUGCUUCUCAAAGAAGAACAUGUGCUUGAUGAAUCGCCGGAGGACUUUGAAGUUGGCAGUCACCCAUUGCUAAUAAAUCUGGAUGACUGCAAUUUUUUUCAACGUCUUGGCAAAUUUGAGAACACAUGCUGCAAAAGCACAUGCUUGCAGAGGAGAAAGGAAAGUUUAUAUUCCAGACAAUGGAUGAGUUUCUGAAGUGAAAGUCCAAAGAAGAGAAGACAGCAAGAAGUAGCUAUUUGUGUUUUUCAUGGUUUGUAGGCCUACUGGCGAAACUUGCUACGUAAAAAAAAAGUGAGUAACGCAUCAAGCUUGGUACCUCUAUGGUGAUGUGGAAAUCCGAGCAAUGUUAAUAAAGAAAUUAAUUUUGUG